AUGACGACCGGACGCAAGGUCUUCCGCUGUGCCGUGGACGAGACGGCCCUGUCCACCAAUAUUAGCGAAAUCAAGAAAUGGACUACUAAUGGUGCUAUCGAUCUCGUGGUUCCUCUUUACACACUUGAACGACUCCAUGCGCUGAAGCGAGCGGGAUCACAGGUCGCCAUCAACGCCCGCGAAGCAGUCCGCUUUCUUGACCGGGUCACUUCCGGCAAAGAUCACAUCGCCGCCGACCGAGUUCUCCUCCAGGGCCCCAUGGAGCAAUAUGAGCGCUGGGAAGAGGCCGAGAAAUUCUUCCUGCCGGAAUUCGAAGAGGAGCCCGAGGUAAUUGACGAGGCAGUUACCGAUGACGAGCCAGAGAUCGAGCCCAGCACCGAUGAUACUUUGGCCAAGAACGAGUCGGAUGAUCUGUCGCAGAUGCUCUUGUCCAAGCUGAACUUCAAGAAGGACCCGGAGGCUGUGUCUAUCACCUCCGUCGGCACCCCCAGUGGACCUGGAUCGCGCACAUCCUCUCGCAGCUCCCGCACCAGCCCAGAGUGUGCCCAGCAUGAGUCCAGCAAUGGAACAACAAAGAACGAGAAGAAGAACAAGUCUUCUAACCAUCAGCGCACCAUCUCCGGAUCCGUCAUCCCGACCGCACCGCCCGCUCUGCGCCCAUUGCUGAGCGCCCUGCUCUGGCGGUUGCAUACUGGCCCCGAUGCCGAGAACUCUGCUAAGACCUGCAUUCUCAUUUCCAAUGACCGCGCGACCCAGGUUUGGGCUCAGAAGUUUGGCAUUGGUGUCAAGAACAUUCUGCAGCUACGUACCGCUAUCCAGUACGAGGAGCGCGAGUACAAAAACCGCUGCAAAUACGUCGAGAAAACUCAGACCCAACCCGCCGAGCCGAAGACAUUGUUGUCCUACGAGGAAGAGAGCGACGAAGAUGAGCUAGUGUUCGUCCCUCGCGGUCGUGGAAAAGGAACUCCCCGAGGUGCUUCGCGUGGUGGGGGUCAGCGCAAGGCUGCUCCUAAGGCUGCGCCACCCCCUGCUGAGCCUACUGCCACCGUGGAAGUUCCUACCAAGCCCAUCGACCCGGACUCUUUCAGCCGGUCUCUGGGCGGAGCAACCAAGACACCCACUGUAGACUUGAGCAACCAAAAGGGUGCCGCCGGUGCCAUCGGUGGCUCUCGCGGUAAUGCUGGAGCCUCUCGCCGCUCAUCCAAUGGUCGCCGUGGUGGAUCUUCGCGCGGCGCGCGAGGCAAUGGUCGUGGCCGUGGUAAGCUCUGGGUUCCUUGAUUAACACGAGCAGAACGGUCUACUCCAAAUCAUCUCAUUGAUGACAGUAGACUGGAAUGUUUUGUGAACCAAUGCAUCCAGAACCGGACAGGGGUGUCUCUUUUCUCUUUGCUGGACUGAAAUAACCCCCCAACUACAGGGAUCUGGAUCUGAAUCUGUCUUGCUGUGAUUGCCUGCAGAGUGUGUUUUUCCCUCUUCCCCCGGCAUAAACGAUCCCAGAACCCCGGCCUGAUUCGAAUCUCGGACACGAAAGGACAUGAAUCCCAUGGUGGAUUCGACCCGCGGCUGUGAUGCGCUGCUUGGAUAUGUCUACUUCGGAAAACCUGUGCCCCCCCCUUUUUCCCCUUUCACCCUUUCCUUAGGAGACGGAGAUGGGAGAUCGUCAAAUUGCGGAGACGUUGAGACGGUUGCUAUUUUGCUUUUUUUUUUGCGCUGGGAGUUGGUAUGAUAGUGGAUUGUAUUUUUUUUGUUUUAUGAUCUACUACCAUCCCAGUUAUUCCAGAUUAUCCCAGAUUAUCCCAGUGAAUUCCAUUAUUCUUGAUGUUUUCCCCUUU